UCCGAAUCUCUUAAUUCAUUUUUAUAUAUUAUAAAUCAUGGCACAGAAAUUGAAAGUAGCUAUCAUCGGCUCGGGUAACUGGGGAUCAGCAAUCUCAAAAAUCAUUGGUAACAAUGUUAAGCUCCACCCAGAUAUCUUUCAAGAAGAUGUCAACAUGUGGGUCUUCCAAGAGCAAGUGGACGGCAAGAAUCUAACAGACAUUAUCAAUGAGAAGCAUGAAAACGUCAAAUAUCUUCCUGGCAUUCCACUCCCCGAGAAUAUUCACGCUGUAUCAGAUGUCAAGGAAACUGCCAGUGGGGCCAACAUCCUUGUCUUUGUGCUUCCACACCAGUUUGUGUAUAAAGUAUGUGAGUCUCUCAAGGACGUCAUCUCCCCAGAUUGCAAGGCGAUUUCAUUGAUCAAGGGCCUUGAUUUCCAAGACAAUAACCUUACGUUAUUUAGCGAGGAAAUCGAAAAGAUUCUUGGGAUUUCCUGCGCUUGUUUGAGCGGAGCCAACAUUGCUAGUGAAGUGGCCGAGGAAAAGUUCGGUGAGACAACCAUCGCGGCAAAGACUGAAGAAGAUGGCAAAAUAUUUGAAAAAUUGUUUCACACUCCCAACUUUGAUGUCAAGAUAAUCAAUGAUCAUGUUGGUGUGGAGGUGUGUGGGUCCCUCAAAAACGUAAUUGCCAUUGGUGCCGGUAUUUGUGAUGGUCUCGAUUACGGUAACAACACCAAAGCCGCUGUUAUCAGACGUGGUUUAUUGGAGAUGCGCAAAUUCGGCAAGACUUUCUUUGGUGGGGUUCGCACAGAAACCUUUUUUGAAUCGUGUGGUGUAGCGGAUCUGAUUACCACAUGUGCUGGUGGACGUAACCGUAAGGUAGCCGCUGCAUUUAUCAAUUCGGGCAAGUCCAUUGAUGAAAUUGAAAAGGAGAUGUUGAAUGGGCAAAAGCUUCAAGGCACUACCACUGCUCUUGAAGUACAUAGAUUCCUGGAAUCAAAGAACAUGACAGACGAGUUCCCAUUGAUGACUGCUAUAUACAGAAUUGUCUAUGAGGGAGCUCCUCCUGAACUUCUUGCUGAAAACCUUAGAACUCGUAAAUUUUAGACUAUUGUAUUCUAUCUAUCUAAUUAUCUCUUUUCAUCCAUACAUUUUUCUUUCAAAUUAUAAGUAUUAUCAUUAAAUAAUAAAUUGAAAUAAACUACAUAUAUAUAUAUAUAUAUGUAUAUAAAC